UUUCAGUUAACCUUCAAGUGCUUUUCAAAUGCUCUUUAGAAAUUGAUUUGAUUGAUUUUCUUUUCUGGUUCACAUCACCAGAAUUCACAUCACAUCACCAGAAUUCACAUCACAUUACCAGAAUUAACUUCACAUCACCAGAAUUGUUCAAACAAUUAAAUAUUCAGUGUUUCCUUUUCCUCUUCAACAAAUCGUUGAAUUAACACUGAAAUAGAUACAAAGGAAAUCUUUCCUUCGACUAUCUCAGCCAUUAGUUUCCCUUUGUUAUGUUACAAUUAAGGUAAUGUUACCUUAAACUGACAUUAACAGUCCCAACAUUUCCCAAUAUCGACCACAAGUGUUAAGUGAAUGUGCUCAUCCUUCACGGAGAUCAUCGGAUAUUGGUGGUGGACUUGUUAAAGUAAUUUACCUGUUGUUAACUCGGAACUAAAAGUUAAAAUGGCCAAAGAGAUGUCAACAAAUGAACAUGAUGAAGUUUUCGAGGUUAAUAAAACUAAUAACAAUAUUAAAGAGUUAAAUGUUGGACAAUUUAAAAAGUUAAUUUCUCUUAAAGUGUUAAGUGUUUUCCCCAAAAUUACCGAGAGACAAUUAUCAGUCGCUUUCGACAAAGUUAAUGUUACUCCAGGAUUCACCUUAAAGAACCAAAUAGAAGAGCAAGUUAGUCAAAUUUGUCUCUUAUGUGAUCAAUUGGCAAGAAAACCAAUGAAAUGUGUCGACUGUGGUUUCUUUUAUUGCCGUUACUGCUCCUAUUUUCUUCAUAUUUUAUCUCAAGCAGUUAGAAAUUUACCUUUAACCCCAAAUGUGACACAACAAAAAUUAACUGGAAAAUCUUUUAUGUGUCAACUUGGUUUCUGUGGUCCUGAUGGUGUUGGUUUUUCUUCACUAAAUCCCUUAGAUAAAGAAGAAAGAGAUUUUCUUUUAUCUCUCAAUGUAAAUUGUAUAUACAAGAACUGUCAAAUCGAAGACAAUUAUUUAUCAAUCGACCAACAUUCAGAAAAAUGCUCUCAUCAAAACACUUCAUUCAAAUUCGACUGUACCAAUGUCGCUUCAACAUUUUUAACCAAAGAUGAUCAGCGUCAAAAUGACGAUUUGGAAUCGUUUCUCAUCGAUAAAAAUACUCAAGAAGAGUUUACUGAAUCAGAUAUUCAAGCCUUAUUCAGACAAACAGCUGAUCAAUCAUUAAAAAAUAUGUAUUCCGAUAACGAUGAAUCAAAUUUAUCAGAUUCAUCUUCUUCUUCAUCUAAACGAUCAUCAGAAUCUGAAUCAACUCAACCAAGAAAGAAAUUAACACCAACAGAAUAUCUUCAACGAAUAAAUAAAAAUAAAAUUGAUCAUCAAAUUCAAUCUACCAAAGCUCCAACAAACUCACCAGUUCCUUCAUCAUCAUCAUCAACCUUAACCUCAACAACAACAAUUCUUCCAGAAAAACUAUUAAUUCAACCUUCAUCAUAUGAACUUCUCCUCGAAAAAUUAGGUUCACCUUUGGAACCUCGUUCAACUAAAUCAUCUACAUCAUCAGAAACCGAUAUAAUUACAGCAAUAAAUAAAACUAAAGAAAUUUCAUUAUGUACAUCAGAUGAUCGAACAUCACAAGAAGUUCGAACAUCACAAGAAGUUCAAACAUCAAAAGAAGUUCAAACAUCACAAGAAGAACAAUCUCAAGAACUAGAUUGGGAUACAUUUUCUAGUUCCCGAUCAUUAAAAGCGGAAACUCGACUUCGUCGAAAGAUAAAUAAAAGAGCAAGAAAACAAGGAAUAUUUACUCCUGUGAUUCUUCCUCCUAAAUUUACAUUUAUCAGACCAACAGAUGAUCAGUGUUGUGACUGGAACGAUCCACCGCCUUCUUCAUCAAUUCCGUCAAUUGAACCAACCAAUCGACCAACAACAAUAAUUGAAAGGAUCCCAAGUCCACCACCAAUUCCAUCAUCAAAUAAACAAUCUUCUCCUUCUGCUCCAACAUCUACUCAAUCUGCUGAAUCUACACAAUCUUCUCAAUCAUCUCUUUCCUCAUCUCAACAAUCAAAUAAUUCUGAUACAAGUGAUUACGUUUUUAGUGAUCUACGAACCUACAAACCAAUUACGAAAACACCUUCCGCUCAUACCGAUGAAACUAAACAAACUCUUAAAGGUAGAGCGAGAUCUCGACUUUUAUAUCGAACCAAGUACAGCAAAAGAGUAAACAAAAAUCAAAAGAACAAGAGAACCAAGAUUUAUCAAGAAAUCAUUUAUCAAAAAUCUUUACCUGCUCUCAACCUGAUGUCACCUCCUUUUAAAUUUUCAAAACAAAUCGCAUCAGCUGUUGACAAAUUAAAAUAUUUUAAUUUGAAAGUUUGUUCAAUGGACAUUGAGAAACAAACUAUUAUAAUGAAAAAUGGUUCUUAUAAAAAUGUACCUGUUUGGAUAUCGAUAAUUGAUCAAUAUAAUCGAGUCGUUUUUAAUUCAUUUAUCCGUCAUCCAUCAUCAGCAAAUAAAGACUUUCAAACUGUCUUUCAUGGUUUAACAUGGGAUGAUGUUAAAUAUGCUCCAGGAUUUUCUAAGGUUCGAAAGGAUGUAAUUGAAAUUCUAAGAAGAUAUGACCGAAUUGUUUUGGCUGGUCAUAUAGCUGAUUUAUCCGAUUUAUUUCUUACACCCAAAGAUCAUUAUUAUUUUCUCCCACGAAUUGUGGAUGUUUCUAAUUAUUAUAAUUGUCGUAUCAGAUCUCGAGAUGCAAUAGGAAUAAGAUACAGUGUUUUUAUCUUGUUUGGAAAAAUUUUUCAGGACAGUUAUCAUUGUCCCAUCAUCGAUGCAGCUUUUACCCUUUGGUUGUAUCUUAUUGAUAUGGUUCGAAUUGAACAAACUUUAUUACAAUUAUACCAAACGAAACCAAGAUUCACCAAAACAGGAUAUCGAGGUUACCAUUGGCCUCUUAACUACAACAUGGGCGGACUUUUAAAAGAUGUUUUAAAGCAAAUUAAAGAUUGGCCUGAUUCUAUCAAAGUUAACCCAAAGUUAUCAAAGAGAGAUAAAGAAAAAGCCCUAAUGGAUCAGAAAUAUUAUUCUGAAGAUUUCAUUGAUGGUGAACCAUCAUCAAAACGACCUUUUCCUUAUCAGUAUGAUCGAAGCCUUUUCUACGCUUACGAACGUCAUUAGACCUAUUUAAGGUCAUAAUCGACGCUUUGUGAGGGGGCUCUGUAAGGGAAACGCUUCGAUUAGGCUUCUCUCUCCCCAAAUUAUUUAAUUGUAAACAAUUAACUAUUUAAAUUCUCUCUUUUCCCGCACAAUUAUUAUUAACCAAUUACAAUUGUUUACCUUCAGUAUAUUUACCUGUUCUUCUCACCUUAAACUUCACUUGAAGAUUUACUCUCAUUCUCUUCUAAGUCAACCCUUUUUCUAUUUACAUUGGUUACUCUAAAGGUUAAUCCCUUUACUUCCUCUCUUUCCGUUUCCUCAAGUUAUUUACCUGACCUCUACUCUCUCUAUGUGUUUCUAUUGUUAAAUAAAAAUGAUUCGAAUUGUCAAACAAUCUCUCAACUACAUUAGCGCUAUCGGAAUCACGGUCAUCAGACUAUGAACCGCCGCUCUAAUUGUUAGGCCUUAGCAGUCGAUCGUUACUUCGGUGCAUUUUUGUAAGGGUGCUGUACCUCAUCCCCGUGAAUUAAAUUAGACC